AUGACUCGAAAAAAUCUUGGCCCUUGUUCUAUUCAUAAUUGUCAAAUAAAUUCAAAUCAAUAUCGCGGAAUUACAACUAAUGCAUUAAGAAAAGCAAAAGAAAAAGGCACCUUUGACCAAUAUAAUUAUUUAGAAUUUGGAAAACAAUUAUGUUAUCCGCAUUAUCUUAGUAUUAUUGAACCCGAUCGCAAUAAAAAAUUACAAACUAAUAGUAUUCGAAAUAAUCCUAAUAUUCCUAAUAUACAAAAUAAU